CUUCCUGCCAUCGGCAACCAUCAACCGGAAACUCGUAACAGACUGAGGGAAAUGAAUGUAAAAUAUGAAUGCACUGACUUUUCGCAGUUUCAGGAACAACUGAAAAAGAUGCGCGAUCUGGACGACAAAAUCAUUUACGCCCUGAAUACCUCCAUCCCGACGGAAUCGUUCAAAGGUCAAGUGGACGCGGAAGUGAAGUGCCGCGACCUGCACGUUCAGCUCGAAUCCGGCUACAACCAUCGGCAGGAAGCGAUAAAGAACUGCAUUGUGGUGUGUGCCAAUUCGGUCAAAAUGCUCAAAGAAAAGCGAGAGGAACACAGGGACGAUGUUGGUCUGAACAAACAGUUCAAGACGGAACAGCGAAAGUUACGGUUACUGCAGGCAGAACUGAGCGUGGAGGACAUCAUACGCGAGCGAACACAGAAAACCUUCCGCGAACGGUGCCGGUUAUUCUUUCGCUUCGACUCGAUGUAGAAGACCAUUGACGACAGACUACGCUGACCGAGUUUCGAAGUGCCGAAGUUUCGCUCAGGGCCGCAUUUUGGUUGGAAAGUGCAUUUAUAGAUAAGUGGAAAAGUGCAACAAAGGGAAUCGCAGAACCCUGUGUACCGCUUCUGGUCAAGCGAGGAAGCAAUUUUAUACGCAUAUUUUGGGCGUUUCGAGCAAAUGAGACGAGCAGCAGUGGAGAGAAAAGAAAUACAGUGUAGAACCUCAAACAGACGAAAUGUU